CUCUUGGGCGCCAUGUUCUUCGUCCUGCUGUGGAGCGGGUAGUGGAGCUGUCGCUGAGCUCGGACAGAAGGGCAAGGUAUGGCAGAGAUGAUCAUCUCGUUCUGAUUGGAGAACGGUCCCAAUUUUCCCAGUUGAGUCACUUGUCAUGGCGACCUGGUCUCGUGUGGCUGUGUUGAACCUUUACCGAGCUCUCCUGCGCGAGGGCCGCAGUCUGCGUUACACUGACCGAGAGUUCUACUAUUUGUUCAUCAAACGGGAGUUCAGGAAAAACCAGCAUCUCACCGGGGACGAAGAGAAGGUGAAGCAACUGGAAAAAGGUCUCUAUUUUCUUGAGAACAAACUUGGAGGCCUGGUUUAA